GAAUAACAGACAUGGUUCUCUUCUUUUCAUAUCUACUAUACUUUAUACUCUUCAUAGCACUUCCAAUAGUCUUCCUUAUUACUUACAGGCACAAAUCCUCCAAUCCAAACCUUCCCCCUGGGAGAAUGGGAUGGCCAAUCAUAGGAGAAACUUUGGAAUUUGCUUUGGCUUGUCAAGGGGGGAAUCCGGAGAGAUUCUUGAACGAUAGAAUGAACAAGUACUCCCCUCAAGUGUUCAAGACCUCCUUAUUGGAAGCGAACAUGGCUGUGAUGUGCGGAGCUUCGGGGAACAAGUUUCUUUUCUCCAACGAGGACAAACUUGUAGUCUCAUGGUGGCAACGUUCAAUGAAGAAGAUUUUGUGCUUCCCAUCUGUCUUCAAUGAAACUUUAACAAGAGAUAACUUCAGACCCCCUACCUUCCUUCCUGAAUUUCUCAAGCCAGAAGCUCUCCAACACUACAUAGUCACCAUGGAUUCGAUGGCAAGCGAACACAUUGAGUUGAAUUGGUCUCCUAAUAGAGAGGUACUGGUUUUUCCGCUUGCAAGGAAGUACAGCUUUGCGUUGGCUUUCCGGCUCUUUAUGAGCAUUGCUGAUCCUGAGUAUGUUGAGAUGAUUUGUCAUCACUUCCAGAUUUUGAACGAAGGAUUCCUUUCUGUGCCUAUAGAUAUUCCUGGGACGACAUUCAACCGUGCUCUCAAAGCCAGCAAAUUCAUUCACAAUGAGCUUCUAGAAGUCAUCAGAAAGCGAAAAAUGGAGUUAGAGCAGAAGGGAGACUCUGCUACUAGAGACCUACUGUCUCACAUGCUCUUAGCAUCAGAUGAAAACUGUAAUGUUAAGAGUGAGAUGGAGAUCAGUACUCAAGUUAUUUGUCUGCUUUUUGCUACCCAUCACACCACAAGUUCUGUCAUCACAUUCAUCCUCAAGUACCUGGCCGAGUUCCCUGAUGUCUAUAGCAAAGUCUUAAAAGAGCAAAUGGAGAUUGCAGAGAGCAAAGGUCCGGAAGGAUUUCUGAAGUGGGAUGACAUUCAAAAGAUGAAAUAUACUUGGAAUGUGGCAAAUGAAACAAUGAGGCUAACCCCACCUGUGCAAGGAACUUUUAGAGAAGCCAUAACUGACUUCACUUAUGCAGGUUUUACAAUUCCAAAGGGAUGGAAGGUAUGUCAUAUAUAAAGUGCUGUUUUGUAAAAUCAAAUUGUGUGUUGUACACUCAUGAAACUUACUGCAAAAUUUUGUCCUGCAGAUGCAUUGGAAUGUAAAUACAACACAUAGAGAUCCCAAGUAUUUUCCUGAUCCCGAGAAAUUCAAUCCCUCGAGGUUUGAAGGAAAAGGGCCUCAACCAUUCACUUUUGUGCCUUUCGGGGGAGGGCCUCGGAUGUGCCCCGGAAGGGAAUAUGCUCGAGCGCAGGUACUUGCAUUCAUACAUAAUGUGGUGACAAGAUUCAAAUGGGAGAAAGUAGAUCCCUGUGAAAAGGUUGCAUAUAAUCCAUCACCCAUUCCUUCCAAGGGCUUCCCAAUUCGCCUCCAGCCUCUACAAAAUGGAUUUAUUUAAGAUUUGGUUACUUAAGAAGCUAUAUUUGUGGUGCAUUUGAAUGUUUCAAUAAGAUGGCUGUAUGCAUAAGUUUCAGUUCCUGCAAAAUAAAGUGGACAACUAAUAUAGCAAAAAA